AUGAGCGAGAGGAAGCAGUUUCUCGCGCUAAAGGCGGCGCAUACCGAUCUCCUCCCUCGCCUCGCCACCCUCCCAAUCAGACUCGCGGAUCCGCCCGAGUCCCGCUCGAAGCUCAAGCGAGCUGUCGAAGUCCUUCGGAAAACCACACAAGUGUACAUCACUGAUCUUCGCCGAGCGGGGUUGAGAGGGAGGAAGGAAGACGUGUUGGCUGAGGCAGCAUGGCUGGACGCGCAGGGCACGAGUCUCUGGAAUGUGGCGUCACACUCAACGAGGGCGACAGUGGACGGCGUAGAUGAUCAGAAGGAGGACCCUCUUUUGGCUGCUAUGCUUCGUCUGGCUGCUACCCGUAUCAUCCAAGCUACUGAGCCAGCAAUCUCUCCCGAGCUCCGUCCAAGAUGGGUGACGAGAAUGCUCGUUCUCAGCUCAGAGACGGCUCUCUACAUGAUCAAAGCGGGGAAGAACGAUAUCGCCGUUACUGUACUCGGAGAAGCUGUUGAGUUUGAGCAUCGUGUCAAAACGCUCCAGGAUGACCCCAAGGCUACCGACGCCCUUUUGCGGUACUACACUGCCCAGAUCGAUAUUUCUAUGGAGGACAAGAAUGGGCUGCUGGCAAAGAUGCAUCUCUCAAAGGCGCUCGACCUUGGCGGACAAGAAGGUGUCGGGUACCAUGAUCUUCUUUCGCUCGCUUCCCAGUGCCGCCAGACCGGUCGCCUCCUCGACUGCCUUCCUGACGCCUCUGGAGACGGUACAGCCUGGUUCGAAGCUGGACUACAGGUACUUGACCGUUGCUCACGCCGGUUCCCCGUCGUCGGGGAUGCAGGCAAACGAGCGCUGAGGAGCGCGCUGCUUCAAGAUCUCGCCCAUGCAUAUCUCUCAAGCCCCGACCCAGUUCUCCAAGCGAGCGCGAGCGAAGUCCUAAAUCAACUCAUCGAGAUGAUCACCCCUCACGCGGACCCUGACGAUGCUACGUACGCGCCCACACCUCAAGAAUUGCGGCAAAUCAAGAUUCUUCAGAUCAGGUGUAUGCCCGCUGGGGAUCAAGAGCGGAUGGAGGUCCUCGUCGAGGAGCUGAUAGGCUCGAUGGACUGGACGGAAGAGGGAGUGCACGAGGUUCUAAACCUUAUCAAUGGGAUGAAGGAGUGCGUUGUCCGCACGGAUGAGCUGAUCAGAUCUACCUCAAGACUUGAUGCGUAUAGGCACCUCCUCGAUACCGCUCUCGCCGAACCUGCCGGUCAUUCGCACAUCCCUUCGAUUCUUUUCAGUAUGAUCAAGAAGACCGGGUCAACCGUCGAGAUCAUGCUGAAGGAAGUGACGCAGGCGCUAGAGAUCGUAGCUUCCUGCCCCGCAUACGCUCCGACCGAAGUCGACGGGAUCGCAGCAUGCGGGAGUAUGCUAUGGCAGCUAGCCGAGGCGCAGCAGAAGCUGGCAGAGUGGAAUCUCGCGGGGCAGAUCUUUCACCUUGCUACCCAUACAGUCCUGUCUCCACCCGCCGGUCCCAGCUUUAGUAUCUGCAGAAGAAAAGCUGCCUUGGCAUACAUCACAGGCGGUGACUUCCUCAAAGCGCAAGAUAUGCUCGAUGGUUGCAACCCCACCGAAGCUGCGACGCAGUACCUCCUCUUUCUCGUUGCCGUCGAGCAGAAGCGGGAAACUGGCGCCAUCAACGCGAUCAAAGCAAUUCUUGAUUGUCCAGAUGUCUCGAGCCAGAUUCUUCAGCUCAUGGCGUCGCUAGCGCUGGAGAAGGCGGGUGAUACGGUGGUGCAGCAUGCGGUCAGGGGGAUGAUGGAGUUUCUGGUUAUGGCGGGAGAUGAAGGGCUCAGGAAGGCAGUGUUGCCUGUGUCGAGAUACCUGAUACAGGCGGAUGUGAAGCUCCUAGAGCUGUCUGAUGAGGGUAGUCCGCAGUGGACCGAGGCCGCUUCUACUUUGGCUGCCGACUGCGGGAAGGUGGUGGACAUUCUUUCCAGUGACGAGGUGCUGGUCAUGGCAGACCUGAAGAUCGUGGCUUGGCUGUGGAAGACCAUGCUCAACACGGCCAAUAGCGGGAUGGAGACCCUCGGUAAUACUGUCCUUGCAGACUUGUACAAUUCUGCUAGUGCGCUCAUGCAGCUCUACCUGCCACACGAGGCCGACCCAGACCCGCUUCUAUCCGGCCGGAUUGCCACGGCGAUGUACGCCUGCCUGUGCUGCAAACUCUUCAUCGCUCGGGAGGUCAGCGAUCCGAGGGAGAAGUUUGACGCCUUCGCCGUGAUUUACGACUUUAUUCCGAUCUGUCAAGACCGAGUCGCCACCGCCGAAGCGAUCGAAGCGACCGCGGAGAUGGUUCAGGGAAUCCAGAUCUCGCUGGAGGCUGCCAAAGUUGAGGCGUUGAGUCAGAUGGAGAAUUGGCACGAGCUGGACCGGAUCGUCGAGGGUAUGAGGCAGAAGUACGCCGAUGUCCGGAUGCUCGAAGCUAUAGUCGAUGGGCUCAAUGCCGUUCCCGGAACUCCAGUGCCAACCCUUAUCCGCCUCGUGGAAAUUGCCCUUGGUCUUCUCUCCGCCGAUCCCGCCGCAGUCGACCGAUACGCCACUCAUGCUCAUCUCUCGAUCGAUCUCCUCGAGUCUCAGCCCGAGAUGAUUCCGGAGCAGUACACGGCGCUCAAGCGGGCACUGGAGGUGGUACGCGAGAGCGGGAGGCGAUAUCCGCCGGAUGAGGUGCAGUGGCUGUAUGCUUUCUGCCACAACAAGGGGAUUGAGCUGUUCAAUGAGAGGGAAUUCGAGUUUGGGGGCUUGUAUACCGAGCUCGCGAAACAGUACGAGAGUCUCUGCAGAUGA